CAUGGUCCGUGAGAUCUAAAGAACGGAUCAGAUUGUUUUGACAUCCAGUGGGCUUCUUGGUCUUUCGGUAAUUUUGCUGAAGGUUGUCGGGGCCCACCACGGACAAAGGCUGUUAUUUGAAGGGAUCGCAAAGGGAGGGAGAGGAAGAGCUGCAGAGCAGCUGCGUUUUUGCCCUUUUGGUAUCGCUGAUUUCUUGUAUUCAAGCCCGAACAACAAUGAGAAAGCCUGUUGAACCUGUUGAAAAUAUUCUGGUAGAAGGUGACAGGAGUGAGGAAAUACAGAGUUGGGAGCGAUCAAUAUUUGCAAGACAAGAAAGUGCAAUAUAUUCAGUCAAAAGAAAACAAUCUUUGCAGGCUCGAUACAUAUAUGGUUUUAUAUUCUUUCUAACAAACUUAUGGGCUUGGUUUGUUCGUGACUAUGGGCACAAAUUUCUCCAUAUUCUUCAUUAUAUUACAGCAUGUGGAAUUGAUGGUGGUGAAUGUUUUCAUGCUGCAGGCGUGCUCCGUAUAAGCUUAGGAUGCUUCAUAUUUUUCUCAUUUAUGUUUGUCACUACAUUUAGAGCUGAGAAGCUGGAAGAAGCUCGCAACUCAUGGCAUUCUAGAUGUUGGGCUUUAAAGGUUGCUAUAUAUCUAUUGUCAGUGAUGGCUCCAUUCAUCAUCCCUUCAGGUUUCAUCCAAUUAUAUGGUGAAGUUGCUCACAUAGGUGCAGGGAUCUUUCUUCUUCUCCAGCUCAUAAGCAUGAUUCACUUCCUCUCAUGGUGUGAUAGUCAAUGGAUGCCAGAUUUGCAGUCUAAAAAAUGUGGCUUCUUUGGGUUGUUCUUGUCAACCAUUUUCUACCUUGGUUCCUUUUGUGGGAUUGUUCUUAUGUACAUUAUGUAUGCUCUGGACACGUCUUGCACUGUCAACAUAUUCCUCAUCGCAUGGACUGCAAUCUUGGUUAAAGUAAUGAUGAUUGUAUCACUACAUUCUAAGGUUAAUAAGGGCCUUUUAUCUUCUGGAAUCAUGGGUUCGUACAUUGUUUUCCUUUGUUGGUCUGCAAUUCAAAGUGAACCUCACACUCAGGAAUGCAACACAAAAAAGAUGAUGGCUGAGGAUGGUGGCUGGACUACCAUACUGAGCUUUCUAAUUGCUGUCUGUGCAAUUGUAAUGGCAACCUUUUCAACUGGGAUUGAUACACAGUCUUUUCAGUUCUGUAAGGAUGACAUUCGAUCAGAAGAUGAUGUCCCAUAUAGUUAUGAGAUAUUCCACUUCAUAUUUGCGAUGGGAGCAAUGUAUUUUGCAAUGCUAUUCAUUAGCUGGGAAUUGGAUCAACCAACUAGAAAAUGGAGCAUCGAUGUUGGUUGGGCAAGUACGUGGGUGAAAAUUAUCAAUGAAUGGUUUGCUGCCAGCAUAUAUUUGUGGAAACUGAUCUCCCCUGUUGUAAUGAGGGACAAAGCCAUCAAUCAGGAACAACAUGUGCAGACUGUUCAAGUAUCGGUAUGAUAUCCAGAUUACUCCAGAACAUGUUCUGUUCCAGUGGAUGUUGGUCUCAACUUAGCAUUGUCCAUUCAUAGCCAUGAAAUAUUCCUUAUUUCUCAUAUAUAUAAUUUUAAUUUUUCAAGCCCCAAAUAUUGUUUCAUAUAACGAUGUCAAUGUAUAUAAUUCAAUGGUGUCAUGUAUAUAAUUCAAUGGUAGAAAACCUUUUUC